AUGGAAUCUCUCAAUCAAUGUUCACAGUGGAUGCCGGUCACCGUGCUAUCAUGUUCAAUCGUAUUGGUGGGCUCUCCAACGACGUAUACAAAGAGGGGUUGCAUUUUAGAGUUCCAUGGUUCCAAUAUCCUAUCAUUUACGACAUCCGUGCUCGACCUAAUCAGAUUCGUUCUCCAACUGGAAGCAAAGAUCUGCAAAUGGUCAAUAUUGGUCUCCGAGUUCUCUCUCGGCCAAACCCCUGAUCAACUAGUUAGAAUGUACCGAACGCUUGGGCAAAACUGGGAAGAAAGAGUCUUGCCGUCGAUUUGUAAUGAGGUACUAAAAAGCGUGGUGGCGAAGUUCAACGCGUCACAGCUCAUUACCCAACGUCAGCAGGUCUCGAUGCUGGUCAGAAAAGCUCUGAUCGAGCGAGCAUUAGACUUCAACAUUAUCCUCGACGACGUCUCGCUCACUGAACUGGCCUUCUCGCCACAAUACUCAGCUGCCGUUGAAGCGAAGCAGGUAGCAGCCCAAGAAGCCCAACGUGCUCAUUUCCUUGUAGAGCGAGCUAAACAACAACGUCAAGAAAAGAUUGUCCAAGCUGAAGGAGAAGCUCAGUCGGCAAAAAUGCUUGGAGAGGCUAUGAGAGCGGACCCUGGUUUCUUGAAGUUGCGGAAGAUUCGAGCAGCUCAGACCAUCGCUCGAGUUGUAUCGGAGUCUAAUAACAAUAAGGUA